GGAGAAUGUAGGGGAGUGAGCUGCCACCACGGCUGUGGUCACCAUUCCAGCGCGGAUCACUUCCUUAAAAAAAAGCACAAUACUGCUCUGCACGUACAGAGCGGCUGGGAGCCAUGGCGGAGAGCGGCGUUGGCGGGGGAGCGGGCGGGCUCCAGCAGGGAUCCCCGGCUGUGUGUUUUGGAGCGGGCAGCAGCAGUGUCUCGGACUCAGCGCCGCCCGUGUCGGUCUCCCUGGCUGCGCCCGCGUCCGUGCCGCUGCUGGGCUGCGCUGCGGCUGCGGAGAGCGGCCGCUCCGCUGGCUCGGGCAGCCAGCAGCAGCAGCGGGAGAGGAUCGCGCUGAGGAAGGCGCAGCUCCGCAGCUAUCCCCGGACAAAGAAACUGGAGAAACUCGGCGUCUACUCUGCUUGCAAGGCUGAAGAAUCCUGUAAAUGCAAUGGCUGGAAGAAUCCUAACCCCCCUCCCGCUCCUCCGAGAGUAAACUUCCAACAGUCAGCUGUCAGUCUCACAGAAGAACCAUGCCGGAGCUGUGGCCAUACCCUAGCUGAUCAUGUUUCUCACUUGGAAAGUGUAUCAGAGGAAGAAAUGAACAGGCUUCUUGGAAUAGUACUGGAUGUGGAAUACUUAUUUACCUGUGUCCACAAAGAAGAAGAUGCAGACACAAAACAAGUUUACUUUUACUUGUUCAAACUUUUGAGAAAAUGUAUUUUACAAAUGGGAAACCCUGUGGUGGAAGGACCAUUAGGAAGUCCACCUUUUGAAAAACCCAGUAUUGAACAGGGAGUUACUAAUUUUGUGCAGUACAAGUUUAGUCACCUUCCACCAAAGGAAAGGCAAACAAUUUGUGAACUGUCCAAAAUGUUUUUGAAUCGAAUCAACUACUGGCAGUUGGAAACACCUUCACAAAGAAGACUUCGGACACCGAAUGAUGAUGGUGCUGGAUACAAGGUUAAUUAUACAAGAUGGCUGUGUUACUGUAAUGUCCCUCAGUUCUGUGAUAGUCUCCCUCGGCAUGAAACCACCCAGGUUUUUGGAAGGAUAUUACUUCGUUCUGUCUUUACUGUCAUGAGGCGGCAGUUACUGGAGAAAUCCAGGCAAGAGAAGGAUAAGCUACCUUUAGAGAAACAAACAUUGAUUCUAACACAUUUUCCAAAAUUCCUUUCCAUGUUGGAGGAAGAAGUGUAUAGCCACAACUCUCCUAUAUGGGAUUUAGACUUCAUGGUGUCAUCUGGUAAUAUCCAAAUGGGGAUGCAAGCAGCUGUCAAUGCUCCCACCAAGCAAUUUGGGUAUGGAUCAAGCCCAGCUUCUGGCAGCACUGAUCAAAUCAACUCUGGAAGCUUGAGUCCCGUCUGGAAGAAGAAAGUGACUUCUGGCUCUGAGCAUAUGUUGGGAGAGAAAAGGAAACCUACAGAAUCUUUUAAUAUGGAUGAUGCAAAGAGACAAAGAGUUUUGGGAGAUAUCCCCAUGGAGCUGGUGAAUGAAGUAAUGUCAACCAUCACAGAUCCUGCUGCUAUGUUGGGUCCAGAGACUAGCUUACUGUCUGCACACGCAGCCAGAGAUGAAGCAGCAAGGCUUGAAGAAAGAAGGGGUGUGAUCGAAUUCCAUGUUGUCGGAAACUCACUGACCCAAAAACCAAACAAAAAAAUGAUGAUGUGGCUAGUUGGACUGCAGAAUGUUUUUUCCCAUCAGUUACCAAGGAUGCCGAAGGAAUACAUCACCCGUCUUGUCUUUGACCCCAAACACAAAACCCUUGCUUUGAUCAAGGAUGGUCGUGUGAUUGGUGGUAUCUGUUUCCGGAUGUUUGCAACACAAGGUUUUACAGAGAUUGUGUUUUGUGCUGUGACCUCUAAUGAACAAGUCAAGGGUUAUGGAACCCAUCUAAUGAAUCACCUCAAGGAAUAUCACAUCAAACAUAAUAUUCUAAACUUCCUCACUUAUGCAGAUGAAUAUGCAAUUGGCUAUUUCAAAAAACAGGGAUUCUCAAAGGAUAUAAAAGUUCCAAAAGUGAAGUAUGUUGGUUACAUUAAAGACUACGAGGGUGCCACUCUGAUGGGGUGUGAGCUAAAUCCACGGAUCCCAUACACUGAAUUCUCUGUGAUCAUAAAGAAGCAGAAGGAGAUCAUAAAAAAGUUGAUAGAAAGAAAACAAGCACAAAUUCGAAAAGUGUACCCAGGACUCUCCUGCUUUAAAGAAGGAGUGCGACAAAUUCCCAUUGAAAGUAUACCUGGAAUAAAGGAAUCUGGUUGGAAACCUAGCGGAAAAGAAAGAGGAAAAGACUCAAGAGACCCUGAACAGCUUUACAAUACCUUAAAGAACAUCCUGCAACAAGUAAAGAGUCACCAAAGUGCUUGGCCAUUCAUGGAACCAGUUAAGAAAACUGAUGCCCCUGGUUAUUAUGAAGUCAUUCGCUUUCCAAUGGAUCUGAAAACAAUGAGUGAACGUGUCAAGAACCGCUAUUAUGUGACAAAAAAAUUAUUUAUGGCAGAUAUGCAGCGCAUCUUCACAAACUGUCGAGAAUACAAUCCUCCGGAAAGUGAAUACUUCAAGUGUGCCAAUAUCUUGGAAAAAAAUUUUUACAGUAAAAUAAAAGAAGCUGGACUGAUAGACAAAUAAAUUUAAGUUUUUGGUGAUCUUAUAAGCCUAAGUUAAUUUAAUGUACUAUAUAAUGUACAGUAGGCCUAUUACAGUGCUUACCAGUAACUCUAGGUACUGGCUGUUUGGAAAAUUCUUAAUCCAGUCAGUUGCAAUUCAAAACAUAUUGGAUCUGUUAUAUGCCAAGAGCUCUUCUGAGAAGAUUUUUCCACAUUAUUGUAUUGAGGCCUGGGAAAUGCCUGCUGAUGAUAAACAGUGUUUAGAGCAGUGGUAUGUGAAUACAUGUUAGUAUAUUGAGAGUUCAGUGACCGAUUUGAUUGCUGAAACUCCAAAUAUCCCUCUAAGUGAAACUACUGUUCGGUAGGGUAUAGUGUUUCCAUGCUGGGUUAGAAUGCUGGUGGUGGUGUGCUCAUAUAUUUGAAUGUCUCCCUUACCACAUUUGCUGGUGUGUUUCUGCUGUCUCAUUUACUAGCACUCAAAUCUACAUUUGUCAGUUAUUUAACAAUUAAUUUACAUUCCUGCCAUUAUGAGGAGGCAAAGAAAUAAUAAAAGCAAAUAUAAUUCACUAAGGUAUUAUUUUACCUAACUGGUCUGCAGUGCUCUUGAAGCCUAUGAUUAUUGUUCUACCUCACUAAAGUGACCUGAUGGGCAAGAUCAUCAGGUCCCCUUUGGGGGCAGGAAUUCUUCCCAUUACACUUAUUGAGCACUGUAACUCUACUAGCCAAGACUUUGACAAAUAGGGUGGCUCUGGUUUGACAGGUUGCUAAGAGCUUCUGAUACUCUGUACUACACAGCUGUGAGGUGGAAUUUUGGACUUGUUCCAGAUGCUAACUUGUGUGAUAUGGUAACAUACAAGGUUAGCAAUUUGCUUUCAAAAUUUGAUUACAUUGAAGGGAGUGGAAUUGAAUUUCAGGUCUGGAGUUUCUGUGUGCAAGUACAAUAACAUUACAUGUUCAGUAUGUGUAACUGGGAACAAAUUUCUAUCCCAAAAGACAUCAGCUGUUUAAACUCCAAAUAAGCUUGCAGGCUUCUCAACCUUGGUUGUUAAACAUGCUCUUUCAGGGAAAGGUAUUUUUUCCAAAUCAGCAAACAAAAAUUCUUACAUCUAUUUCUGAGUAAUUUGGUUUGAUGGAGAGUGUGGUUAAAGAUUUCUAUGAGUAUCAAUAACAAACUGACAAUAAAAACCAGUGCUUUAAGAUGAAAUAUGAUAUCCUCAACUUGGAUAAUGUAAUAGAGAAAGUUUUGCAUUCUGAGAAAGGGUACACAUUUUAAGUUGCACACUGUACAUUUUAAAUGGUUAGGAUGUUUUAAAUUUCCAGAAUACGAAGUUCUCUAGCUCUAUAACCCGAGGAAGGUUAUUUUGUAUUUUUUAAUAACGGUCAGAUUUAUUUCAGAAAUUUUCUCUACAGAUGUUGCAAAUGUUUGUCUAUCAGUCUGCAGCCUUCUGAUAAGAUGGUGUUAUUUGGCCAGAUAUUUGCAUCUAUGUCUAAAACAGAUAAUUGAAUAUGGAAUCUUAAUAACUAUAUUUAACUCCCGUUCUCCUUUACCUUGCCUUUCCUAACCCUAACUAUUCUAAAAUGUAAUCUAAAAUCUGGCAUUGGAAACCCUGUAGUAACCACAUUAUAUUGCAUCCUCAGUAGAAAAUCAACUCAGGAUAGUUACAUGUAUUCUCAAAGACAAUUUUUUUCAUCCAUUUGGGUUUUAGUUUUUCUUAUGCAGACAUGCAGAAGAUGAAAAAUCUUGUGCUACUCUACAUGUAGAGGACAGUUGGCAAUUGAAACGUCAAGAAUCUUGACCUUGUGUGGUUAGAUCUAAGGUAUUCGCAGAAAUACAUUGUUUGAGAGAUUUUUGAGGCCCAGUGGAAAUGGUAAUUGUCCAGAAAAGAUAGAGAAUGACUUGCUGUCCUUUUUCUAUUACUGGUGUGAUUAUUGAAAUUAUUGAAAAAAAAAUAGCCUAUGACUAAGUGACCAAUACAGCUACCUGAAUCAGUGUCAUAGGAAAUACAUAGGAUCCUGUUUGCCAUUUCAGGAUAGUACUGCAUGAACUGUACAUCUCACAAAGUAUACUACAUUUUUUUAUUAUCUGGUAGGGUAACAGAAGAGGAGCUUAGAAGUGGCAUUUAUCUUUUGGUGCAAUGAUCAGUAGAAUACUUUCCUAAACUUCACAAAACUGGCCAUAUCAUUCUUUUACUGCUCCAUGACCAAUCCCCACUCCAUAGACCAAACUUCUGGCCAGUUUGCCAUAAAAGCUUACAGUUAGUUUGGUCUUGGAUAGUUGUCUUCCACAGACAGCCCAAUGGCUAUAUACUAAUGAGGCCAGCAGUCAAAAUGUUCCAUGCCUCUUGCCAGCAUUGUUAGGUGGCUGAAAUCAGUUAGCAGAUAGAUCAGGUUCGUUCAAACAUCAAUCACUAUCCCUCUUCCAAUAAAUUUUUGGUUCCAAAUGCAUACAAGUAUGUUUUAUAUAAUUAGUUGAAAUAUUUAAGUUUUAUUCCUGCUCAAAUUUGUCACAUCAGAGAGAGAUUAUUUCAUAAUUUGCACUAAAAUUAAACUGUUUAAUGAGGAUCAAAAUUUUUUUUUAAAGACUUACUUUUUUUUUUAUCUGAACUAGAGCAUUAUUCUUUCAAAUAUGGAAGGUUUUAGAACCUAAAGUGUCCAAUUACUUUUGUUGUCAGCAGUAGAUUUUCCCCACAAUUAAAUCUUUUAGAACUGUCCUGAUACAGCAGCUCUGGAUUUGUAAGAGGGAUAGGAAAAAAUGGAUACAGUAUCUGCCCUUUAAACCAUUUCAAUAAAUACUUGGCACUUUCACCCAAGAAAACGAUAAAAUGAAUUAAUUGUAAAUUACUUGAAUUUCUGGUGAAUUCCUAAUGCAGUUAACUUUGUAUCAUUUUUUCCAAUUUCUUUUAAUUAGUUACAUUAUUUAUAUAAAUGCCUUUUAACACUGUUGAAAAGAUGACAAAAAUUACAGAACUGCAUAUACAAGUGUUCUGAAGUGUUGGGCCAUCUAUAAAACACAAAAGUUGUGAGGGCCAUGUACAAAAUAUGAUUUGAUACUCCUAAUUAUUUGUGUUGGUGUUUUUGCUAAUAUGAAAACACCUUGAUGAUUGAAGAUGUAUACAUCAUUGAGGCAACAGUGCAGAGUAGCCCAUUUUAAAUCUGGACAAAAUCCAGCUACGAGUAAAAAGAAAAAAAAUCAAUGAUGAUUACAGAGAAAUACAUAGAAUACACACGUCUUGCCUGAACUUUAAAAGGGCUGGUCAGGAAGGAAGGAAGGAGGUUGAUGAGUUGGAGGCGGGGCGCAGGUUGGUCACCUUCUCUACAUAUUAAUUAGGUCACAGCAUAAUUUCUAAAGUAUUCAGUAGUCAUGGUUAUUUUGCCUGAUUUAUGUAUGAAACAAGCAAGAGCCAAAAUAUUAAUACAAAUACAUUAAAAAGCUAGAAAAGACCAAAAUCCAUUUUCUUUUAUAAAGUUAUUGGUGGUCCAUCAUUGCUGAAGCAGCAAAUAAUAUACAUAAUAAAAUAGUAAGACCCUGGAUAAAUUCACAAAUUAUUUUGAAGAAUAUUUUAAGUUACCCACAGGCGAGCGCGCAUGAGCAAGCACAUAGAACGAUCAGUUCACCUUAAUACAUUUUAUGGAAGAUUUACAUUUUUAUCAAGAUGAUUUGGGAUAGGACUAGCUGUCUACAAAUAUUUCAUUGAACGUAUAAUACAAGUAACAAGAUGUUUAAUGUGUAUUAAGCAAUACCUCUUUUUUUUGGUCAACAUUGUAGCUUCCUAAUUGAAAGCUAUGCACAUCUUCAUUUAGUUCGGUUCAUUCUAAAGUUAAAGGUAUUGCAACAAUACUAAAAAGAGCCCUCAAAUUUCAUUGGAUCCUGUUUUCAUUAAAACUAUAGAAUAUUGCACUCUAGCAGUGACUACUGAUGCACUGUACUUAAAAUGUGUUCUACAUACAAUCUUGCAUGCCAAAACAAACCAAUUUUGAACCAUUGCUAUGAAUCACAUUUUUCUCAUUUGUGUUCAACAUUUAGUUUGGAAAAUGAAAUAUAAAAUUUAACCUUUUGCUACAUGUUGAGUUCCUGUUCAUUAUAGAAAAGAUAGAUCUUGUUUCUUCAUAUUGUGCAUCUUUUAAUAUUCCAAACUAUUUUGAUUUGCUCUUUAGAGAUGAAGAGCCUCUGGGUAAAUUGUGCAAAUGUGAAUUGUUUAUGUGUAGUUAAAUGCAGAAUACAAUUUUCUCUCUUGGUGGAGCUGUUCCAUGAAUAUGGAAUUGAUGAUCAUCAGAAUCUUUAAAAAGACAAGUCUCAACUGAUGAUUAUGUUUGUGGUACACCUACAAGAGUUACAGUGUAUUUGCUAAAAGUAAACUUAUUUUCUUUAAUACACUUAUGAUAGAAUUUCUGAAAGCACUUUGUUACUAAAAUGGUCGCGGCAUCCUAUUGUUAUAUGAGAGGGUGAAUAUUCCAGAAUUGUUGUUUGAAAAAUUUGUUAAAUUAAGCAAGUAUUUUGUUACAUGCUAGAUCCCCCCCAUUGGGCCAGUGGACUGUAAUCAUGUACAUAAUUUUCUCAAAAUUGGGGUUAAUACUCACAUCAUUUGAAUGUAAUUUAGUCAAAACAAGAUUCCAAAGCAAACUAAGACUUAAGAUGCUGUGAUCUAAGCUUGUGAGACUUCUGUCCUCCUCCAAUAAUUUGAAUUCCAUUCUUAAUUGUUGGAAUAUACUGAACAUAAUUUAGAUAAUUGAACGUCAAGGUUUUUAUUAAGUAGCAAAAGUAAUAUAAAAAAUGUUCUGUUGUUUUUCUAUUUAAAAGAAAUGUUUGUCCAGUAAUGCAAAAUUAGAAUGUAAACAAAGGUAUGACUAACUUAUUAAGAAUUUUUCUAAAUUUAUCUUUUUUUCAUUUUUAGAGGAAAAGAGUAGAUUUUGUGCAAUACUUUAAACUUCACU